AUGGCGAUCGAUACGGCGCGCGCAACAUCUUUGGCAACUACAUCGGCUGCUACAUCCGGAUCCGGUGAUGAAAAAUCGAACACCGAGUCGAGGCCACAAGAUGAGGAGCAGCCAGACGGCAAAGUGACGAUCAACCUUGUGCGCGCAACAUCUUCAGCUACAACAGUGGCUGCAACAUCGGGAUCCGGUUUCGAUGAAGGAUCGAACACCGAGUCGAAGCCAAGAGCGGAGCAACAGCGAGACGGACAAGUGACGAUCAACCUUGUGCGCGCAACAUCUUCAGCUACAACAUUGGCUGCAACAUCGGGAUCCGGUUUCGAUGAAGGAUCGAACACCGAGUCGAAGCCAAGAGCGGAGCAACAGCGAGACGGCCAAGUGACGAUCAACCUUGUGCGCGCAACAUCUUCAGCUACAACAUUGGCUGCAACAUCGGGAUCCGGUUUCGAUGAAGGAUCGAACACCGAGUCGAAGCCAAGAGCGGAGCAACAGCGAGACGGCCAAGUGACGAUCAACCUUGUGCGCGCAACAUCUUCAGCUACAACAUUGGCUGCAACAUCGGGAUCCGGUUUCGAUGAAGGAUCGAACACCGAGUCGAAGCCAAGAGCGGAGCAACAGCGAGACGGACAAAUGGCGAUCGAUACGGCGCGCGCAACAUCCUCAGCUACUACAUCUGCAUCCGGUGUCGUUGACGAGACCACCGAAUCGAAGCCACGAGAGGAGGAGCAGCCAGAAGGCCAGAUGGCGAUCGAUACGGCGCGCGCAACAUCUUUGGCAACUACAUCGGCUGCUACAUCCGGAUCCGGUGAUGAAAAAUCGAACACCGAGUCGAGGCCACAAGAGGAGGAGCAGCCAGACGGCAAAAUGGCUAUCAACACUCGAAUUGGCUCCUCGGCAUCCUUGUCCACAUCAGCAUCUCCCUCGUUGGAGCCCAUCGAAGUGGCCAGACAAGGUUCUGAGGAGAGGGCUCUGACGGUCGACAUGGACAUAACAGUUGAAACCUCAAGGCGGAUUGUCGGACGGUGGGCACGCGCAACGUAUAUGGGUCAUAAGGCUCAGGUUGAAUUUUACGGAGAGGUCGUACUGAUGGUCACCCUGGCAGACAUGCUAAUGCGCCGAUCGGCGGCUGAAGAGAAAGAAAUAUUACUUACGUGGCUGGCAGCAGACCAGCGUCUGCUCGAGAGCGGAAAGCCUGUGAAGGGAACGAGGCCGGCCGCCUCCUGCUCGAAAGCCCUCAUCGACGUACACAACGUGGCCCCUGAUUUUUCACGUGCUGACUGGCUGGACUCGGAAAGAAAUUCUCUUGACACGGCCAGACAAUUCCAAGCAAACUCCUCUGAAGAGCUGUGGAAAUGCUACCAGAAAGCUCGCAACUCCGUCGUAUUGUCACUCGAAAUGGAGAAGUCCCGGCUCAAGAAGUCGAUGGAUGAGAUUGGGGCCUUCGAAGAAACGGUGAACAACCAUCACGAGCAUGUACUCGUCCAUCGCCGGCUACUCAAUGACCUACAAGCAAAGGCGUCGUCGCCGGUAUCCGAGAAGACAAUGCCGCUAGUCGUCUCUGGUGCAGGCGAAGAGUGUGCUGACUCUAAUCUGCGCACAGCCAUCUCCACCUCGCCGCCGACCGGCAGCCCGACCACCGCCGUCUCGCCGCCGGCCACUCCCAAUCCUUCGACAGCUCGUUCCUCGGCAUUGAACUCGCCCACCGGUUUUGCCGACCACUCGAACGCGACGGCUAACAAAGAG